ACGUGGCAUCUUGCUAUUGAGUCUUUUCUGUUUCUCUCUGUUCUUCAUCUUCAUCUUCUUCUCUGCCGAUUCCACGUCAAACUUUCCGAAUCAAAUGGAAAGCGAAGAACAGCUUCUCCGCGAAUCAAGACACCCAGCCCAUUGACUCUCUUCCCUCUUCUCCUUCUCACUCUGGUAAAGAGAAAGAUCAUUGGAUUGGAAGUUUUGGCAAUGAGUUAUUAUGCAGGAGGACACUGUACCUUUUGAAGAUGAUGCUUGGAUCGUUGAUGAGUAUACGGAGACUCAGGUCAUGGAUACGGAAGAGUUUCUUCUUUGUGGUGAAACUCAAUAUGUGGAUUUGGGGUUUGGUACUCAAGAGGAACCACUUGUGGAGGAGGAGGAUCAGUUAAUUCAAGGCUCUGAUGGCUUGGAUACGCAGGUGCUGGAUCGUUUUGAUGAAGAGGCUGUUGUUGUUGCGGAUAGUGAUGAUGAUGAUGCUACUGUUUUCUUAGAAGAUAGCAGCGAGAGGGAGAUCUCUGACAGUGGUGACUCGCAUUGUAGAGGAGCAAACCUGUUAUUGAGUGAGAAUAAGGCUAGAGAGCUUCCUAAUGAAAACAUUAAAUCAACCGAAUUGAUUCUCUGUCGAGACAUGGAAUCUCUGGAAAGGUGGCUAGGUUUGCUUAUGUUCGUUCAGCGGCUUUUCGUUCUUCUGCUCGUGUUGCAGGCCAAAAGCUUCUCAACAGUGACUGUUCUACUUUACCCAACUCUCUUUCGUCUGGUCAAGGAGUUAAACAAAGUUCCAUUCUAGAAGAAAACGUUGGAGAAGUAAGAGAUCAGAACUGUCUUCCCAAUAUGUCUGUCCAAAAGAAAAAUGAAGGAAACAGAACAACGAAACUGCAGGCAGCUAGAAGAUAACCCUUUUUUUUACAUAUGUUCUGUCUAUUCAUUUCAUCUAUUAGAUUGGUAGACUUUGGAAGAACUGAAUCAAAGAUAUGCAAUGGACAGAGACAAUGAGAAAAGGUUAACAAUUGUAUCUCUGAAAUAUUAACAAAGUGAGGCUCACCAUUGUACAUACCA